GCAGAAACCUGACAAGACAUGAAAAAUAUUGUUUUCUUCUGUGUACUUUGGUUUGGAAAUAUGCAAAUCACUUUCAGUGAUGCAUCACUACAAGGAUCUUCUGAUCUGCUGAGAGUUCAGAAAGGAGAAAGCAUCAUUCUGAACUGCAGCAUGAGAAACCGAUAUGAAGUCGCCUGGUAUCACCUCAGAGCUAGCCGAUUCAAACUUAUGAUUUCUGCACAGACAGACAUAACAGGGAGAAAAUUUCUGACCACCUACAAUCAAAACUUUACUCGUCUGAAAAUCACUGCAGACACAUGGAUCACCAGAGCCACGCUAGAGGUUUCUAGAGUAACAGAGUCAGAUUCAGGCUUUUAUUUCUGUGGAACAAGGUCUAACACGACAGAGAUGCUCUUCGACAAACCCACCAGACUAGAGAUCGAGGGUCAGCAUGCAGAGGAUCGGAGUACCGAACUGCCAAAAGAAGCUGACAACACAGAUGAGGUGACGCUGACGGAGCGUGUGCUGAUGUUCGGUGGCAUUGCUCUGGCUGCGUUUGUGUUUUUUCUGGCUACAGUCAUUGCAGGAGGAAUCCUUCACUAUCGCGGUUGGCAGAAAGGAUGGAGCGCAGCUGGUCUGGCUGAUCAAAAAUUACCUAAGUGACACAUUUAUGUGCUUUAUUUUAAAGUCACAAUAUAUCCCUGGCUCAGAUGUUUUCUCCUGCUGGCCAGAUCUUUCACUUUAGAAAAGCUGAGAUGUUGCAAAUGUCACCUUUUUCAGCACCAGUGAAAACUAAAUCUUAAUAAUUCUGUUUUUCUGUCUUUUUAACCUAUCUUUGUUCAUUGUCUCCUAAUGUGAUCUUGCUUAGGGAUUUUAAUAUUCGUAUUGAUAAUGCAGAUAGUGUAUCAAACAGCUUUGGUUUAAAACAAUUUAUAAAUUUUCCUACCCAUUUAAAGGGUCAUACGCUGCAUGGAUCUUAUGUGUUGUUCAGGUGUAGUUCCUUAUAAUUGCACAUCAUAAUUUCCGAUGUGUCUUUGUCAAAUCAUAUGCUGGUGUCCUUUAAUGCUCAGUUACCUGUAUUCAA